AUAUUAUAUAAACCUCGAAAAGGAUAAGAUUGAUUCAGCUGAGUACAAUAAGUGCUCAUUUGAAGGAAGUCUGCGAGGAAACGACACAUCUUCGGUUAUCUUACUGAGAGUAUAACAGCUCAGCUUCCCUCCAUCUUUCAGUGGACCCAUUUAUUCAAUACAACUAAAGGGCAACAGAAUUUCUCAUAAUCGUUGUAAUUACAGGCUUGUUUGUGGGAGACAUUUGACUGAUACUUAUAGACCCUUUACAAGUAUGCUAAGUAGGGGAGGUUUAAUCUCAUCCUAUAUUUCUUCUUCUUUGAAAUGCUUCUCUUCUUCAACUUCUAAUGUGCUCAAAGUUGGAGAUAUCUUGAGCCAUACCAGAAUCUUCACCAGUGAAGAUGUUUUGGAAUACUCCAAAGUGAGUCAUGACUCAAAUCCUCUGCACUUUGAUUCUGCAUUAGCCCGACGUGCUGGAUUCGACGAUCGUCUUGUUCAUGGGAUGCUUGUUGCAUCAAUGUUCCCUCGUGUCAUUUCCUCUCAUUUUCCAGGAGCCAUCUAUGUGUCACAAAGCUUGAAUUUUAAGUUACCAGUCUACGUCGGAGAGACGAUCAUUGUUCGGGUUGAAGCAAUUGACUUGAGAGAAAUUAAGAAGAGAUACCUGGCGAAAUUCCAAACGAAAUGCUUGAGGAAUGGCGACGAGCUUGUUCUGGAUGGUGAGGCAAGGGCCAUAUUACCUUCUGAUUUUUGUUCCACAGAUGGUUAGACGAUGAUCGUCUAAGUCUCGACCGCUAGAUGUGGUUGAAGGAGCAAAGUUUUCCAUAUGAAUUCAUUCAAUUUCUUCUUUGCUCUCUGUGGAUAAAGAUUGUCAAGUCUGGGAAUAGGUCUGACCUCUAUUUGCUUUUACUUCAUCUCUUAUUGAUAGGUUAUGAACAAUAUCUGGACCUGUUUCUUUCAAUAAAUUUGCCAUGAGCCCUAUGAUCU